AUGAGUUCAGCAUUUACCGUCGUCGAUUAUAUUGUUUUCAUUGGCGUUGUUGUUAUAUCAUUCGCCAUCGGAGUUUACUUUGCGAUCGUGGACAAAAGGAAACAGACUACGAGCCCGGAAGAAUACUUUCUGGCCGGCCGGAAGUCCAAGCUUCUUCCGGUCAUGUUCUCCUACAUUGUUACGUUCCAGUCGUCCAUUCUCUAUCUCGGAUUUCCGGCAGAAGGCUACAUAUAUGGACCAAUGUAUGCAUUUUACGGACUGUCAAAAUUUAUAACAUUACUGUUCACGGCGUACUUCAUUGUUCCGGUAUUCCACCCAUUGAAACUAACGUCGAUAUACGAGUAUCUGAACCUGCGUUACGGUGACAACGUGCUGCGUAUUCUGGCGAUGACGUUUGGUGCGGUGUACCAGGUGUUCUAUAUGAGCACUGUGACGUAUGGCACGUGCGUUGCACUCGAGGUGGUCAUGGGAAUUCCGUACUGGAUCACUAUUAUCCUGUACACAUCCGUUACGGCUGUGUACACGUCCAUAGGUGGGAUUAAAGCCGUCAUAUGGACAGAUGUCUUUCAGUUUGUGAUUAUGUUAACUGGUUUUAUCGCAGUUUUUGUUAAAACGACAUUGGUGGUCGGUGGCUUUUCGGAUAUUAUUCACUACGCUGGUGAUCGCUUCACCUUUAUGGAGUUCAGGUUUGAUCCACGGAUACGGCUGUCGUUUUGGAACGUUACUAUUGGAUCGCUGACAUCAUCAUUAUACUUCAGCUAUUCACAAUCGGCAAUGCAGAGAGUAUACACCUUACCAACGGUUAAGUCGGCAAAAAUGAUGUAUUUGUUGAGCAUACCAAUAUACGCGCCUUUAAUGGUCAUCGCUGUCCUCGAAGGGGGGUUUAUCUUUGCGUAUUACGCAUUCAAAGGUUGUGACAUAUUCGCCAGUGGAAAGGUUCAGAAUGUCAAUGAAAUUGUGCCCUUUGCAAUCAUUGAUAUAUUUCAGAACCAGCCUGGAUUGCCUGGACUGUUUAUUGCCGCUCUCUCGGCUGCAGCCUUUAGUACAUUAUCAUCCUGCUUAAGCAGUUUGUCAGCAAUUGUGUAUCAGGAUAUUAUAAAAGUUAUCAGGCCGGAUAUGACUCCAGAGUUUUCUACAACAAUAUCACGUAUUGUGACCCUGGUUUUCGGAGUGUUAGCCUUGCUCGUGUCAUUUCUGCUGACGUCACUACCAGGAAGCGUCAUCGCCUUGUUCCAGCGCUGUGUGGCCUGCAUGGACGGACCAACAUGCGCAAUAUUUCUCCUCUCAGCGAUGUUCAAACGAGCGACGACAAAGGGCGUCCUGUUAGGUGCGUUGUGUGGAUCUGCUGUGGCCUUAUGGUUGAAUCUAGGUCAGCUGUACUCAGACCUGCCCAAAGAUCCACCGUUACCACCAGGACCCACGUACAACUGCGAAAAUAACAUGACUUUUAAUAGCGAAUUUGACGUACCCUUGACCAACACAUCGGCCUAUGAAAUUUGGGUCAACACAAAUAUGUCAGCAACCAACAGUGUAAAUGAAAGUUCUAACACUGUCGCUGAAUCAGGUUUAAUUCAGCUUUACCGAACGUCCUUUGUCCUUUUUUCGUUUGUAGGAUUUCUAGUUUCAAUACUCGUUGCCAUCCCGGCAAGCCUUUGUACCGCAACCAAUUCAACGGUCGAUGAGCGAUGUCUGUUUUCAUUUCGAAAGCAUGUCUUAAAAGAAGAAUGUGACGAUUCUAGGGGGUCGAACCAUGAACGUGAUAAAAUACAUGCAGAGGAUGAAACCUCUUUAAUGUGA